UAAAAGGGACGGACGCCACAAUCAAUCUCAUGUUUGCAGUCUCGAACUUGCAAGCAUGUCAAGCGAAAUGAGCUCCACAAGCAUCCAAACUCCCCUCAUCUUGAACUCGAGCGCACGGUCCCACCCCACCAAGGAACAGAAGCUCUCAUCUCUUGAGAUUGCGGCGCAAUGUCGUUUACAGAAAUACGCACUCCCGGCAAUAGGCAGUAUCGAGCAUGCGGCUUACCAGUCUAAUCGCCUCCCCGUCAUUACUCGCGUGCUCUACCCAUUUUUAGCAGGGGGUCCCGAUCUGAUGGCUGCACCUUUUCAGCAUCCUCGCGUUCGGGAUCCUUCGUCAUAUCCGUCUGGCGCUUUCAACUGUCGGCCUUGCCCUGCAGCGGCAUUGUAUGACUUCGCAGAUGCAUGCUAUCCUCAUAACAGAGUGGCUGGCGUACAUGGGUCUGACAGCUUUCGCGUCCCCGCCUUUGUCCGGCUGGUUCAAUUGCUGCAUGUCUAAAGGGCUACGCAAUCCUCGGGUCACAUCAUGGCGAAGUCUAAAGGCACACCGCUAUGGCAGAGCAAGGCUCCGUCAGCAGGUGCUCACAGCUCUGCAACACAUCUGCAUGCAAAUUUCGUUCUGCGGUUCAGCCUACUCCGAUCAUGGUCUCUGCAAACCAUUCGGUCCUCAUGCAACGAUGCUGGCUCGAGUCCUUGCUGUAACUUACGAUUGCUAUGUCACGGUGCAAGUCGACAUAUCACAUGUUGUGCCGCACGCUCGGCAGCCGUUCCGGUGUCCGUUUGGGCAUGCGAUGCAUACCAAUAACGGCUCCGGAACUAUGAUUGCGCGUCACUCCAUUGCGUGUCACUCCUGUCUCGGGCAAUGGUCUUCUUCCCAUUUGACGUCUCCUCGCUUUUUCCUGUCGGCGAUCUCUAUCCAUUUGGUGGUGUCCCUUGUCAGCGAUGUCUUAGCAUCUGCUGCACGAUCUAUACUUGGUAUCUGGUAUAUCAGCACUACUGUAAAUUCUCCACUGCAUCAAGACCACACUGCAGGUCAUCGGCGCUUUUACCUUCCUUCUUGUCGGCGGUGCAUCCAAUCGACAUGCCGGCCAUUGUUCACUUCGUCUUCCUUCUGGGCUUCUCUGUUGGCUGCAAAUUGCUCAUCGUAUACCCCGGUUCCCCUACUUGAUUGGUUUUGUUCUUGACAGGUGGGCUACACUGUCUCGUAUUUUGUCCUUAUGAUCUUGCAUAUUCUUCCAGACGCCGUGCUGUACAUAUCUAGGAACGGAUUUCGGAUUGGGCGCGCAGUCACCUGGAUAGCGGGACUGACGCAUGGAGUUGGGCUUGCAGUGAGGGCCACGGUGGACCCGCUGCUUGUGUA